UUAUCCUUUUUUUUUCAAUCAAAAUCGAGGGAAACCGAAAGAAACUUCACUCCCUUCUUCGUCUUCUUCAAUCUUCUCCUUCGCUUUAUCUCCUUUUUUCUUUGUUUGUUUGCUAAAUUUCGCCCUGUGUGUACUGCUAAUCCGGUGCCGUCGCUCUGGAAUGUUGCCGGCGGAGGGUAGAACUACUUUUCUCUCAAGUAUUUCGAGGUAUAUGAGUUUUUUUUGAAGGAGGAAAGUCGAAAUUGAAGAUACUCGGAGAUUCGGAUUCUGAUUCGGUCUUCAUCGGGCUCGUAAUGGAUGGUCAGAAAAGUCAGUUGAAGCUUACAAGGACUCAGUCGUCGUUACUCCGUUCGUCACCCACUUUCCGAACGUCUGUUCAUAGUUUAUCGUCCGUCACCGAGGAGGAUUUCAUCGCCAUCCAUCAAGAGGAUGAUGAUGAAGAGAAGCAGAGGCCUAAGAAGCCUCGUAGGUCCAGUUCGUCAUCGAGAGCCGGAUUGAACCGAUUUGCGAACCGUGUUCUUGCUAUGGCUUUGCUUGUUUGCUUUACCUUCUUCUCUUUGCUCAUUGCGUUCUUCUUUCUGAAGAAGGAUGGGCUACUCCCGUCCGCUUGCUUGUUGGCUCUGAUUUUUGUUGCUAUUAUGCUUGUAUUUGUGAGCAAGAAUAAGGGGUUAAUUUUACAUGUUCUUUCGUUUAUCAAGCAUUCUUGGCAAGAAAAUGCAAAGAGAUUCUGUUUCUCCAGGACGGAUUCGACUCCGAUUCAGUGGUACAUUGGUGAUUCGAACGGAGCCGAAGACGACAACCAAAAUCAGAGAAAAAUUAGCAGAGAGGGGGUAGAGUUCUAUAGCAAUGGUGAUUUCUACGAGGGAGAAUUUCACAACGGGAGUUGUAAUGGAAGUGGGGUUUAUAACUAUUUCCUAAGUGGGAGAUACGAGGGAGAUUGGGUCGAUGGGAGGUACGAUGGCCAUGGGGUUGAGACCUGGGCGAAGGGGAGUCGUUACAGGGGUCAGUAUCGACAGGGUCUUAGACAUGGAUUUGGAGUCUAUAAGUUCUUCACUGGGGAUUACUAUGCCGGUGAGUGGUGUAAUGGCCAAAGCCAUGGCGUUGGGCUUCAGACUUGCGCUGAUGGUAGCUGCUAUGUUGGCCAGUUCCACCGCGGCGUUAAGCAUGGUCUUGGAUCUUACUAUUUCAGAAAUGGAGAUAGAUACGCAGGAGAAUACUUUGGGGACAAAGUACAUGGUUUUGGAAUUUACCAUUUCGCGAACGGCCAUUGUUACGAAGGAUCGUGGCAUGAAGGCCAAAGGCAAGGAUAUGGCACGUAUACCUUCCGAAACAGCGAAUCCAAAUGCGGGGGAUGGGAUGCUGGCAGCCUCAAGCAGCCUCUCUCACCGCUGAGUGAGGCUGUUGUCGAAGCUGUUCAGGCAUCUAGAAAGGCAGCAAGGAAUGCUAUAAACCUUCCCCGGUUGGAUGAACAAGUGAAUAAAGCUGUGGUUGCUGCUAAUAGAUCGGCCACCGCGGCCCGAGUCGUAGCCAUCAAAGCCGUUCAAAAUCGAAUGGAUGGUAAGUUCUGCGAUUUGGAUGUGUAAGUCUCUGCUUGUUGCUAAUUUUACAAGGCAGGCAAAAACAAAUACCCUGGUGGCUGCAAACUCACCGGAGGUGUUUUCAAGUAUGUAUCAUCAUCACUCUUCAACUUGUACAUUCUAUGUAUAUUAAUGAAUUAGAGCACUUUUUGGUCUCUGUUUCUGUAGAUUUCAACUCUAUUGCCCACA